AGAAUGGAGGUCUCCCAUCAGUCCUCGCCCUCCUUAUGAUUGGCGUCGUGGUUGCCCAAUACGAAGCGGCUGUGCCUGCGCGGUUGUCCCCGCGGCGGCAGGCCGGUCGGUGUAGGUGAAGAUGGCGGUCCUGGCCCCGCUCUUGGCGCUGUUCUACUCGGUGCCCGGGCUCUGCCGCUGGCUGGCGCGGCCCUACUACCCGCUCUCGGCGCUGCUCUCCGCUGCCUUCCUGCUGGUGCGCAAGCUGCCGCCGCUGUGCCAGGGGCUGCCCACGCAGCGCGAGGACGGGAACCCCUGCGACUUCGACUGGCGAGAGGUGGAGAUCCUCAUGUUCCUCAGCGCCAUCGUGAUGAUGAAGAAUCGCAGAUCCAUCACCGUGGAUCAGCACCUGGGGAACAUCUUCAUGUUCAGUAAAGUGGCCAACGUAAUCCUCUUCUUCCGGCUGGAUGUGCGGAUGGGGCUGCUCUACCUGACACUCUGCAUAGUGUUCCUGAUGACCUGCAAGCCGCCUCUGUACCUGGGCCCAGAGUAUAUCAAAUACUUCAGCGAUAAAACCAUUGAUGAGGAACUGGAGCGGGACAAGCGGGUGACCUGGAUUGUGGAGUUCUUUGCCAACUGGUCCAAUGAAUGCCAGUCGUUCGCGCCCAUCUACGCCGACCUGUCUCUCAAGUACAACUGCACGGGGCUCAACUUCGGCAAGGUGGACGUGGGCCGCUACCCUGAUGUCAGCACCAGGUACAAAGUGAGUACCUCACCCCUCACCAAGCAGCUGCCCACCCUGAUCCUCUUCCAGGGCGGGAAGGAGGUGAUGCGCCGGCCGCAGAUUGACAAGAAGGGCCGGGCCGUCUCCUGGACCUUUUCUGAGGAGAACGUGAUCCGGGAGUUCAGCCUGAACGACCUGUACCAGAAGGCCAAGAAACUGUUGAAACAGCGAGACGAGGGGCCCAAGGAGCCACCGGAGCAGCAGGAUCCCCUGGCGGCCAGCACGGAGCUCUCCAACGGUGAGAGCAAGAAGGAGAAAUAGACCUGCCUUGCUCCCUGUUGUAGCCACCCCCGCCAUCUCCUGGCAGCUGUUCCAUGAUGCCCAGCACAACCUGUCUCGAAGACAGUGCCGUGGUGAUGAGAGGAGCUGCAUGAAGGAGUCACCACCCUCCCCCUGGGGCUUAGCCAUGCCCCAGCUCUCCAGUGGGCUGUUCAUGUCUCUGUGGCAUCUUCUUAUUCCUGUUCCUCUGGCAUCACUUCAAGAACUGGCUGCAGGCUGCUGAUUGGCUGCAAGGGGGGGCAGUGAUUGGUCCCGCAGGGGCUGGGGGUAGAAUUCCCCUAGGACUCUGGAGCAGCUGAGUUUGAGGGUGCCCCCUCCCCAGUUGAAUGGAACCAGUGGGGGUGUGGGUGAGGAGUGUUGACUUGACCUGAGCCAACUUGGGGUCAGGGUGUAUUGCUGAUGGGCCCAACCACUUCUUCCCGGAAGAUAUUCUCUCCUCCCCGCUUUUCUGUGUGGGCUAAGGUGGUGUAUGGGACUCCUCCCAGCCAUGUGGUGCAUGGGUGGGGUGUAGGUCAGGUCCCCGUUCUCCCCCAGGGCUCGCUUGGGAGGGCUGUUGGCUAACCCAGUGGCUGGGGGGGAGGAGCUGGAGAGUAUGUGUCACUCUAGGGGUGGCAGAGUCGCCUGAGCAUAUAACUCUCAUCCCAGCCCGGGAACUGGACUCUGCUGCUCUGGGGGCGGCAGAGCAGCUUGAGCAUGUAACUCUCAUCCCAGUCUGGGGCUGGUGGGAACUGGACUCUGCUGCUCUGGAGGACUCCCGGCGAGUGCCUGACUUCUGCCCUUCCCCGCUGAGCAGCCCGACAC